CUUCAUGUGAACGUGCGUCAUUUGACAUUUCAGUGUUUGUUUUGAUUCUCGAAGCGGUCGGUAUAUUUUUCAGAAAUCUCAUCAGUUCGCUUGAAUUCCUGCAAAAUUUCGCAAAAGUAACAUGCCGUUCAUCGUCGUGGAAACCGAUAAUGCUCAGGGCGGGAAUGAGCUUUCCGUCGUCCCGGAGAAAUGGACACGGGAUACCAAGAGCGGAAAAAUCAUUUUCUGGCCGAAUGCGAAAAACAUUGCUGAGCAGGAGAGAUUGCUUCGGGAUGAAUACAGCUGCCCGAAAAAGUAGUGACUGAAAUAUAAGUGCACGGUAAGGCGCAGCCCGAUGAAAUCCUUUGCCGAAGCGAAGCGUUUAUUGGAAGAGCUGUCCGGGGAAUCAUCUUCUGACGUUACAGAGCUGGUACGUCGCGAGAGAAAGGCGAAUAAUCGGGAAAACAACUUCCAGAAAAUGCUUGUUCUGGAAAAUACGCCUCCUGCUACCCACCAAACACCCCCGCAGACUAUGAACGUACGUGAUGAAAUCUUCCUUCCAGUAGCAGCAUCAUCCCAAGCCACACCAGCUGUUGUCAUUACGCCGAACUCUGAAACCAACUUCCAUCGAGAAAUCUCCCCGCAGGUAGCAACAGCUCGACCUCCACAAGAAAACGCAACAUCCACUAACAUUCCUCAAAUCUGCGGCAAUAAUGUUCAAACCAUUCAGUAUGUGUACCAAACAGUGGAUGAGCCGGUUGCUGUUGUUGGAUCCAACCAUCAGGAAUCAAACGAGCUUAUUGUACAUCUUCAGCAGAUAAUUACACGACUGAAUCAGCUGGAAAAGCAUGUUGCGGAUAUUUCAACCCAAAAUGAGUUCAUCUUGGACUCCAUCCGAAAUUUCAGUUCCCGUAUGACAAGCAACGAGCAGCCACCGUCAUUUCAUUUUAAUCCCAUUGAAAAUGAGCUAGCUAGUAUGAACAACAUUUGUUUUGAAAACAAUAAAGUUGCUUAG